AUGCAAAUCGAGUACAAAAAGUGUACCAAAUUGUUUUCUGGCUGUGGCGUAGCGUCACUGUUGGGAGUAUUGAGCUAUGAAGCAUACCGGACGUACGCAGCCCUUUCCUCGUUGGUCGACACACGUGUGCUAGACAUUGAUCGGAAGCGACCGGACUACAUCUACAUCAAGCAUCAUAUUUACCGGCAGUCGCUGCGCGAGCGUGCGCUCGAUGCAGAGAAUCAGCAUCGCCUGCUGAACAUCGUCGUACAGCCAUUCGAAAAAUGGUGGAAAGCGCUGAAGCAUUCCGUCGCCUGGAGGUUGCUCCGGAUCGCCCAGCAGGGCGAUCAAGCCGAGCGGCUAAAGGCCAUUCAUCAGCUUGCACAGAUCGAUCAUUUAAAAGAUUGGGACUUUCAACAUCUGGCCCAGCUGUGUGAUCAUCGGACAGCGAUUUCACUAGCCCGGUCCAACUGUGACACCCGAUGGUUCUUGCCACCGCGUCAGUAUGGCGUCGAGAAGGAGAUGCGCGAGGUGUUGGUAGAUAUGAAAUCACUGCUGGAACUUUUGUCACCGCACAAGUGUGCCGCCUAUGCGCUGGAGCAAACGUUCGGCAGCUCUGCACACAUUCGCGAACCGGACGGUGAUGAGGUGACGUACCAGAUGUCUCCGUCCCGGUUCGAGUACGACCAGCUUAAACAGUCGCUCAGUGCACUGAUACACCUGACUGGGCUGGUCGGGCCAGAAGGGCAGCAACACUGCCGGCAAAUAGUCAAUUCCGGUGGAUUGCUGAUGCUGCUCGAAGCGGAGAAGUUGUUCCGUGGUGAUAUUGAUAUGAAGCUGCUCAUUAGUCGACUUGUGGGGAACUUGUCUGCGUGCGAAGGUUUGGGUUACGAGUUCUAUGCCAGCGGAUGGAUUGGCAUACUGGCACGGUGGAAACGUGAUGUGGACAUGCGUAUGCAGGUAACGGCCGAUCUAACGCUAGAAAACCUCGAUCAGGACGAUCCGAACGGUUUCCGGUACGCGCCGAAAGUUUAUCCCUUGCAUCCGCGCGGUCGCCAGCAAGCCAAACCAGCCGUCGACGUGGUGUUCAUCCACGGAUUAUUAGGUGGAGUAUUUGUCACCUGGCGUCAGAAGGAUCUCAAACCGCAGGCUGCCAGUCUACUAGGUAAGAAACAUAAAGACGUUCAUUUAGUGUCCACAUCGUCUUCCUCCACCACCGACAAUGCACUGCAACCACCAUUGGACGAUUUAUCAUUUACCCGCGUGAAUUGGACAAACACAACCACGGAUCACGAACGAAAAGGCUCGGCUGCUUCUGCCCGCUGGUACAAAAGUUGGUCCGCCAAAAAAUCCUCCUUUGAGGAAGACGCCGUGGAAGCUGAAGAGGGCAUUGCACCGUACAAAGAUGAACUGCUUACGUUCCAGGAACAAACCACAGCCGUACCACGGGAUCCAUCGAUCAGCGAUACCGAAACCAAAGAGCUAAUAGAAGCAUUGCAACAAGAAGAACCACUCGGUUCGGACUGGACCGUUGUCUAUCCGGAUGUGCCACUGAAAGCGGAUGAGGAUGUCCGGGUAGGCAAGCCUUCGGCAACCGCUGACGGAACGGCAUGCAGCGUGUCGGGAGACCGCUGGCUACAGGAACCACUCGAAUCCGGCCAACGAUCGUUCUGCUGGCCAAUGGAGUGGCUCCCGAAAGACUUCCCGAGCAUACGCGUGCUGGGGCUCGACUACGAUUCCUCCCUCUCGCAGUGGUCCGCGACGGGCUGUCCGUGCGAGAAGUACGACGGCAAGCUGCAGAAGCGUGCGGCGGAAUUCCUGGAAAAGCUUGCAACCUCGGACGUUGGUCAAGAUCGGCCCAUCAUCUGGGUCGGCCAUUCGAUGGGCGGUCUCCUGAUCAAGAGCAUUAUGGUGCAGGCACUGGAGAGCCCCAAUCCCAAGGUGCGCCGUCUUGCCGAGAAUUCACGCGUCGUCAUGUUUCUCGGUACGCCUCAUCGGGGCAGUGGUGUGGCCAAGCUGAAGCAGCACACGUCGGCGUUGGUUUGGCCCUCGGUAGAGGUUCAGGAACUCGAAGAAAACUCCACCCAGCUGUUGCAUCUAAACAAAACGUUCCUGCGGACGGUCGAUGGUUUGGGGGCGCGGAAGCCUGAAAUCAUCACCCUGUGCGAGGGUCGACCAACCGUACUAACCUCGUUCAAACUCGCCAUUCACGUCGUGCCGGAAAGUUCCGCCCGAAUUGAUGCGGGCGAUUUCUAUCUCACCAGCGAGGACCACCUGAAUCUCAGCAAACCCAUUUGCCGGCAAUCGUUCCUUUACCAGCGGCUGGUCGGUGCCAUCCAGGAUGCGAUGCGCCAUAAUGGGCCGGAUAGUGGGAAGAUACCGGCAGCUAAGGUAGUCAUAGCCCCGGCACACCAUCAGCAACAGCACAUUUUCCACGGUACCAAAAAGGGUAGCAGUUCAGCAUCCGCACUGUCGGUACUGUACACACAGCUGAAACAGUUUGAACAGUUGAUGAAUGUGUUUAUCUAA